GUUCCCAGUUAUAUCUUGUAGCUGCGCAGUACAAUUAUUUAACCACUACAACUCGAAUUUAUAUAAAUUAACAUUUGCAACUUGAAAUUGUACCGUCGGAAAUUGAAAGGUCAAUUUACAAAGUCCAACGAAAUCAUCAUAAUCAAAAUUGUUAAUCACAGAUUCAUAGUUACUUAUAAAACAUACAAUCGGCUACUCAUGAUUGGUUAAAGAGGCGAGUUACGUGCCAGACAUAGUUUACGUUUCGAAAGAAGAACCAAUCGAAUAACGUGUUUUAUGUGACCAUGAUGUUCGUAAAUGUCUACCUUAUUUUAACUUUCUGCCUCUAAUCCGAGGAUCUGCAAGUAAACAAUCAAAGAAGCACUGCUAAAAGCUGUGUAAUAAUUGUCCUUGUCAGUAUUAGUUAUAUUGUUAAAUACAUAAUGGAUGUAUUUCUAAUGAUCCGACGAAAAAAUAUGACGAUAUUUACUGAUGCAAAGGAGAAUACAACGAUUUUUGAACUAAAAAAAAUUAUAGAAGGUAUACUAAAGAUAACACCUGUCAAUCAACAGCUGUUCAACAAAGAUAAUGUUGUAAUGUCGGAUACCAAACUUUUGGGUGAUUAUGGACUGACAUUUGCAACUGCAAAGCCACAGUGUCCUGCAUUAGUAGGAUUAGCCGUGCGCCAAGAAAAUGGUCAAUUCGAACCUUUAGAGAUGACUCCAUUUUCAUUACCACCAGACCUGCCAGAUGUCAUGAAAUCCCAAGAAACCAAUGGCUUAGAUCAGAUGCCUUGUAACAAAUUAAUCUGUGAAUGAGCUGACAAUAAGGUGUUCAAUUCAAUAUAAUUUUUGUGAUUGUCAGACAUCUCAAAAAAUCUGACAGCUUAAGCAAACAUAAUGUGAAUACUAGAUAUAUGCAACUUUAUAUGAUUAUUAAAGGUGUCCUGAGACUUUCUAAUUUCCUUAGUGAAAGUACUAGUAGUUAUUAACAUUUUUGACUUCUGUUCUUUUUCUUUUUUUUUUUGUGCGUAAUGCUCAAGUACUACUUGUACUUGAAUAAUUUAAUGAAAACGAUAAUAAAAUAUAAAGUUUAUAAUAGA